AUGGAGAAACAAUAUGUGGUGAACCUAGUGAGGAGAACAUGUGGUUGCAGACAAUGGGACAUGACCGGUAUCCCAUGUGCACAUGCAAUCUGUGCAAUUUGGAGUGAUGAUGCUGACCCUCUUGAUUAUGUUGAUGAUUGGUAUACUGUGGACAUGCUUAAGAAGGCAUAUAAUGAGAUUGUUUAUCCAAUGCCUGGAGAAGAUCACUGGACAAAGACAAACGGCGAGCAUGUAGACCCACCAAUGGCUAGAAUACAACCUGGGAGGCCGAGAAAAGUAAGGACAAGGGGUCCAGACGAGCCUAAAAAUCAGUACAGGAUAAGGAAGGGUGGGGUUACUAUGAGAUGCUCCAGAUGCAGGGGGGUUGGACACAAUGCAAGGACAUGUCCCCGGAUAAGAAGAGAAGUAGUGAACUACAGAGGAGACGGCAUGAGUGCAUCUCAGGUGAAAUUAUAUCAUGUUUGA